AUUGGUUCCGGCCCGAGGCAAUGACGACGGACGCGAGCGGCAAGGCGAUCUCGGGAUGGCUCUUCCGGCGCACGACGACGGGCUUCUUCAACAUGAAGGGCACGGGCGACUGGGGCCGCGUGUGGUGCGAGUUUGAGUACGCGACCGGCGUUUUCUCCGUGUACCUCGACGGGCAGAAGCACCGCCGGCUCUUGAGCUGGAAGAUGCUGCAGUGCUCGAUCCAGCACGUGCGCAACGACGGCCGGUACUGCAUCGAGCUCGAGUUUGUCCAGCAAAAGAAGAAGGAGACGCUGUCGUCGGCGCCGGAAAGCCACGACAUUGAGUGGUGGUUUGACGUGCUCACCACGUCCAAGCUCGCGCUCGCCGAGGGCCGCGUGCCCAACCCGCGCCUCCUCGUCCGCACGCCACCGACGUCGCUGCCCGUCAAGAUCGCGCCCGAGUACGAGAAGCGCGGGAAGGCGCGGACGCCGGCCAAGCCCGCGCUCCGCCGUCGCCAGCCGCGCCUCGCGACCAACCUCUCGCGCUUUGAGCGCAUCACGGUCUACGAGACGCAGACGCACUUUUACGUCGUGGGCUCGGACCGCACGUACUCGCGCUUCCGCCUCUUCUCGCUCGACCGCCUCGAGGAUGCACCGUCGUCACUCGACGCGAUCUUCAAGGAAGACCCGGCGGUCUACAGCUGGGAAGAGAUGGAGGCGCUCUUGCAAGGCCUCGACACGGAGGCGCGGGCGGCGACCAAGUACGGCCUCGUGCGCGCCUUCUCGGCCGUCGCGAUCGUUGGUUUUAUCAAGUUUCUGCAAGGCUACUACCUCAUCGUGGUCACGCAGCGCCGCAAGAUUGGGUGCAUUGGCGGCCACUUCAUCUACGCGAUCCAGGCGACACAGUGCCUCCCGAUUCGCCGCCCAAAGUCGGACGGAUCGUCCUGGACGUGGGUCUCGCGCUGGCUCAACCCGAGCCCGAUCGAGGACGCGGAGGCGCGGUACCUCGGGCUCUUCCACUUUGUGGACUUGACCAAGGACUUUUACUACAGCUACACGUACGACCUCACGCACACGCUGCAGCACAACAUGACGACGGACCAGACCAAGUCGCUCGACAUGUUUGAGUGGAACCACCACCUCAACAAGGAGUUUACGGCGGCAUUAUCGUCGCCCGCGAGCGCCGAGUGGGUCCAGCCGCUCCUCCUUGGCUUUUACGAGCAGCGCAAGUGCUCGCUCUUUGGUCGACUCAUUUCGGUGAUCGUGCUCGCGCGGCGAUCGCGCCAUUUCGCCGGCACGCGCUACCUCAAACGCGGCAUUGCCGACACGGGCAAGGUUGCCAACGACGUCGAAACCGAGCAGAUCAUUGAGGACGAAAACACUCAUGGCAAGUUCAGCGCGUUCGUCCAGUACCGUGGGUCGAUCCCGAUUUUCUGGGCCCAAGAGACGAGCGUGACGAUCCCGAAACCACCGAUCCAGCUCAACCGCGUUGACCCGUCGUACGCCGCGACCCAAGCCCACUUUGUGGACCUCUUUGAGCGCUACGGGUCGCCGACGCUGGUGCUCAACCUCGUCAAGCAGCACGAGAAGGUCCAGCGCGAAAUGAUUGUCGGCACGGGCUUCAAGAGCGCGGUCGAGUACAUCAACACGUUCAUUCCGCAAGAGCACAAGCUGCGCUACGUCGCGCUUGACUACUCGCGCCUGAGCAAGAUGCGCGUCGAGCAAGGCUCCCGCGUCGAAGCCGUGCGCCAAGCGCUCGACAAGGUCGGCACGUGGGCCCUCGAUCAAACAGGCUUUUUCUGCUCGGCCCCCAAGCGCCACCUGGGCUCGGGGGCCAACAAGCGCACGGCCCGUCGCGCGUCGCCCGCGCGGCCCCCGUCCUCCUAUGGCCCGGUACCACCCGUGUCGACGGGCGAGGCGCGACCGUCCAGUCCGACGAUCCCGCGCGACUCCGGCGACUGGCUCGAGCAGCACGGCGUGCUUCGCACCAACUGCAUCGACUGCCUCGACCGCACCAACGUCGCCCAAUUCAGCGUCGCGAUGCGGGCCCUCGGCCAACAGCUCUAUGCGAUGGGCAUCCGCAACACGCCGCACCUUGAGACGUCGUCGCCGAUCUUGGCCGAGCUCACGCGCAUGUUCGGGCGCAUGGGCGACAUCAUCUCGAUGCAGUACGGCGGGUCGGAGGCCAAUAAGAAGGUGGCGCCAUCAAAAGAUACGAUCAAGCACUGGGAGCUGCUCACGUCGAUUCGUCGCUACUACAGCAACGCGUUUACGGACAUGGCCAAGCAGGACGCGAUCAACCUCUUCCUUGGCAACUUUGUGCCGCGGGCGUCCGAGCCGCCGCUCUGGGAACUCGAGAGCGACUACUACCUGCACAAUUUUCAGGUCGAGCGGCCGUUGGCGCUGCCCGACAUGGGCCCGUUCCACCGCAUCCACAACCUCGUCGCGCUCAAGCGCAGCCUUGGUCCGAGCUCCAAGGCCGAGUACCUCCGCCUCCGCGCGUCGCUGCUCAACGAGACGUGGUGGAAGUCGGCGGUCGAGGCGUUUGACGCGCCAAAGUUCUUUACGGACAAGCUCCUCCUCCCGAGCCCCGCGCAUGGCGACGGCAAGCCGCUGCUGAUGCGCAAGAGCAGCGCGACGAGCUCGGCCGUGCUCGAAGACUCGACCAUCUCCGAAAAGUCGCUCUUGUGGAUGCAGACGCAAGACAAGGAAGAGUUCUUUUCGUUUGACGCGGCGCUCGCGUCGUCGUUCAUGCUGCCGAUCGCGAUGAAGGAGCACGACCCGCACACGUUCUCCACGCCGCCGCCACCGUCGUCGUCGUCAAGCGUCCAAAUCGGAUCGAGUAGCCUCACGCGCCAAGUGCGCUCCAUGUCGGCACCAGAGGAGACGCUCCAAGAUGUCUCGAGCGGCUCGUCGCUCAAGCGCAGCCUCAGCAACAUGCGGCUGCAAGAGCUGCUUCGGAAAGAGAGUAGCACGCUUGACGAUGCCAAGGCCGCGCUCUUGCUGCCCCCGAUGCUCGACGCGCCGCCGCUCGACAUUGAAGAGUACGCGGCUUCGCGCGGCCUCAAGCGCGUGUACGUGGGCACGGCCAUGGGCGCGUCGUCGUCCGACCCGAUCUACGACCGGUACGUCGAGUCGGGCGAGAGCCUCUCGUUCUGGGAGAAGGAGGCGAAGAACGUCAAGUCGGACUUUAUCCUGUAUCUCCGCGAUGCCUCGAUCGACGUCGAUGAUGUCGGCGCCGUGUUUGAAGCCGCGGUUCGGGGCGGCUGUACGUACAAGAUCCAGUCGGGCGUCUACGCGGGCUUGGAGCAGCACGUCAAGGCGCGCGGGCUCCUCUCCAAGAAAUUUUUCAAAAACGAAAAGGACCGCCAAUUCAUCUGCAACGCGCUCGACGAAGCGCAGCUCUGCGAGAUGCACCCGGCGCCCCCGUCCGACAUGGAGCUCUACGCGUCGUUCUUUGACGAAGUGACGCCGCUCUUGCCGCGCCUCGUCGUUGGCGACCACUCGAUUGCGUCCUCGGGCUUUGAGUUGGACGCGACCCUCGAGGCUGAGAAGCUCAAGGCCGGCAGCGUCGUCGAAGAGUUCAUCGAUUGCAACGCGGUCAGCGACGACGUCCGCAAGAGCAUGGCGACGCUUGUCUUUGUCAAAAAGUAGGCAAUCGACUGAAAUAUAUAUUGAUGGAUUGCAUUCAAGUACAACCACCUACUAACUGA